CAACUCCGAGCUCUCCACUUCUCCUCCGCUGAGCUUGUCGGAUUCAGACUCUCUGAGUGACAGUGUGGGUCUGAUACCUGCUGAUGAAGACUCCUCUGAUGAAGAGAUGAGGGGAUGUGCAGACAGAGAGCAGGAAGAGGAAGAAGAGGAAGAGAGAAGCACUACAUCUCUCCAUCGUACUGUCUCUCCCACUGGAGACGCUCCUCUCAGCCUGCUGGACUCAGUGCAGGAGACUCCACAUUCAGGCCUUUUCACUGAGCCGUCACAGGCUCUAAUCUCUCUCGCCCAGCGAAAGGCCAGCGAAUCCCAGCACUACCAGGGCCUGGAGGGAUUUCUCACUCUGGGACUCGACCUCAGCUGUGUCCAGCCAAGCCCAGCUCCACCUCACACCCCUACAGAGAGGCGCUCACACUCUCAGGAGCUAAUGACAGUAGGUCAGGGUAGAUGGAGACCGGCCAGCAGUCUCUGCCACUAUGCAGAGGAGGAGCUAGUUUCUGCAGUGAUUAAUAACCAGCCAAUCAGUAACAGCUCACGUUCAGCCACACCCACUGGCAGUGCUACAUUGCGAAGGCUGCAUCUACCAGGUUCCUCCAGCAGAAUCACUCCAACUUUCUCUCCUCCCAACGCUGAGGACUCCGCCAGGACCCCCGAGUUUCGGCCGCUGUCCCGCGCCGCUGUGGAGAUCCUGGAGGUUCAGAGUGUGGAGCGGUCGGAGCUGACGGACUCUGAGGAUGAGGAUGAUGAAGAUGACCGGGCUCUGGCUGGAUUGGAGGAAGAACUCAGAAGGAUGAGUCAUGUGACCCAAAACAGAAGGACAUAAAAAUUCAUGAUGUGGACAAAAAAUA